GGUCCCUCAGAUGUCCAAUUUAGAAAAAGAAGAGGAGAAACGGGCAGUAGAUAAAGGGGCAUUUCUAAAAUAUUUUGGAUCAUCCCAUGCCACUGGUCAUGAUGAGCCAUCAUCUACCCCCUCAGCUUCUGGAAUGUUCUCAGUGCCUCAGGAUGAGGAGCUGCCAUCUACCUCCUCAGAUACACAGACCUCCGGAAUGGUCUGGACACUUGAGGAACAGCCACCAUUUAUGUCCUCAGAGACAGUGUCUCCACUAGUGUCUGAUACUGAGGAUGAAGACUGGUUUGCUUCAACUUCUCCCCAACAGGAGGAUCCUUCAGAAAUUCCUGCUGCUGAACCCCCUCUGAGUCCCACUGCUGAGUAUGAGCCUCUGUCAGUUGACCCUGCCCAUUGGCCCUCAUUGGCCCUUCGCAGAGGACCAAAUUGUUCUCUACCUCGUGUGUGACUAUCCAGCAGUUUUUCCUGCCUGAACCUUGAUCCUGAUCCUGACUGUCUCUGACCUGCCCCGCCUGCUGCCUGGAUAUCCGCCUGCCUGCCUGUCUGUCUGACCACGUUUGCCUGUCUGCUUCCUGGUAACCCACCUGCCUUCGUCUGACCUCAUCUCUCUGCCUGUUCCCCAGUUGACCUACCUGCCUUCCGUCCCUGACCACAUCUCCUG